AUGGAUUCAACCCGUUUCUGUCACCAACGAUCGCCAUCGUCAGAUUGGUUGCUCAGCUUCUUCUCAUUCUCGCCACCCUCCUCCGCCGCCACCAAGGAGGAGCUCAACGAGGCCAAGAUCUUUGUCGUCGUCAAGGCCCAUCCCUUCGAUUCCGAGAUCUUCACAGUCGCAUCCCAUGCAGACUUCGAGAAAGUUCGAGAGCUUGGCUUUGAUGAAGGUUCCCAUGCUGUCUCAUGCGGUAGAGAAGCAUUGGAGAAACGAAGACCUUGCUGA